UUCACUGAUCAUCAGAAUUCAGAUCAUAUCCAACUACGUUCUGUUCUUCACUGCAACACUAUCUAUAAUUGUCACCCAACAGCAAUAAUAAUGGUGGCGCUAACGAAGGAAUUGUUCCAAAAGGCUCUGAGGAACUUCAAGUCUUUCUUCUUCUGUUCAGGCUAUCAAAAACUUCCCAAGAAUCCGCCACCCCUCACCCGCAAUACUCAAUUUUCCUUUUCUACUGUCAAUUAUGACAGUGACUUCACCCGCCAUUGGGAUUCAUUGGCCCCCAGUAAGCUCAAGAAGAAGCAGCCUUUGUCAUCAUCUCAUCAGAAGCAACACAAGAAUGAGGGUAUGUUGGAGAAGAAGCUGAGGGAGUUGGAGAUGUUGGAGACGAAGGAUCGUGUGGAACAUGUGUUGGACAUUGAAGAGGUUCUCCAUUACUAUUCUCGCCUUAAUUGCCCCUUCUAUAUUGAAAUUGUCGACAAGUUCUUCAUGGAAAUUUACACAGACUUCUUUGCUUCGCAUGUUAAUUCACCACCAUGCAUUGUUAACUCUAAUAAGCCCAACCAACUUCCUUAAGCUUUUCACGCUCGCCUUCUCUGUAACUCGGGAUCAAUCAUCACUUUCUUCUGCAUCGGGAACCAGUUACAUAUUUACAUUGCAAUCUUUUUCUCUUUUUGUUUGUGUGAUUACCAAAAGAAAAAUUAUGCGUUAAUGUUCAUGGGCCAAUGGAAUCCCAACACUAAAUUAAAAGUUGGUGCCUCAUGGUUUGUUGGGCUUCCAUUUUCAAUGCAUUGUACAUUUUGGACCAAAAUAAGCUACUAGUUCAGAUCUAUUCCUGAAAGUUG